UGCCACAUGCAAGGAAACCAAUACUUUCAAAGGAAUAUGAACAGAUUCACGCACAUGGCAAUUUCUAAUUCGCUUUCCAGUUACUGAUAAGCUUAUCGCGUAGCCUUCUGGUCACUUUUCGACUUGGAUAAACGGAUGUAUACUGUUGGCAAACAAAGUUAGGAUGUAUCUUCACGCGAUUCGAAGUUUUGCUGUGGUUUUUCUGAUGGGAUUCCUAAACCAAUGUCUCGGUUCUAUUUGGCAGUCUUGGUGGUCAUAUGACGGCAUCUCGGGACCUCAUUUCUGGGGCAUCCUCAACACAGAAUGGCACUUAUGUGAAAAAGGCCGGCGCCAAUCCCCGAUAAACAUAGACCCCAAAACACUUUUAUUUGACACAACGUUAGGAAAUAUAUCCAUUGACACAAAUAAGGUGCGGGGUACCCUGAGGAAUACCGGCCAUUACGUAGAAUUCCUUGUGGAUCCAAGCCUUCCACACGCUCCAAACAUUACUGCUGGCCCCCUAGCGUACAAAUACAGAAUCACGGGAUUUACGAUACAUUUCGGCAGCAUAGAUUUUAAAGGAUCUGAACACACGAUAGAUAGACAAUCUUUUCCUGGUGAAAUACAUAUAAUGGCAUAUAACACAGAUCUCUAUCAGAACAUGUCACAAGCAAUAGAGUCACCAAAUGGCAUGACAGCGCUCUCCAUACUUAUGCAGAUAGGCGAAACAUCAAGUUCACAAUUAGAGUUGUUAACACCAGCAUUCAAAGCGAUCAAAUAUCAAGGCCAAGAAGAAGAGGUGCCGUCUAUUUCCAUCCAUGAAUUACUGCCUCCCACCAACCAUUACAUCACAUACGACGGCUCACUACCAUUCCCGGGCUGUCAGGAAACCGUCACCUGGAUUUUACUCAACAAACCUGUUUAUAUAUCACGUGACCAGAUUUCCAUACUCCGGCAAUUAAAUCGGGGCACAGAAGACGUCCCCAAGUUAUCAAUGGGCAAUAACAAUAGACCAACACAAAAUAUGAAUGGUCGAGGCGUGAGAACCAAUAUCAAUGUUCCAAAACCGACCCGGUUGUGUUCAGUCGAGAAGGAGGUAUUUUAUGAAGCCAAUAUCCCGGAGAGACUAUGAGCAUAUGAGAUCACAUGAAGAGUAAAAUACGGCAGAGAUCUCAGCAGACGCGCGAUCAGAUCUAUGCAGGGUGAGGUCGGGGCUACUGGACCAAUAUGGCGCCGAGCUGCAUACCGCAUGAUGCAAUACCGCACAGAAAAGAAAAAGAAGACUUAUGCAGGACCAAAAACAUGGCCGACGAUAAAUAUGGCGGCGGUGUAGGUCAUGUGACACGCACGUGACUUCGUGUUGGCUUCUGGCGCCAGAGCAACUGCAUGUAGGGUUGCGCCGAGUCGUAACUGGAAAGUAAUGUCUGGACUGUGGUAUGCUUGGCAUUUAGGUUCACUGUAGUUGGACUUCUCAAUGACGAUACAGGCAGUGCUAAAUGAUGAACGACUGGAAUAGAAAGAACGCCAGGCAGCCGGCAUUAGUCGUGAAGUCAGAGAGUUGUGGCUAUGCUUUCUCAUUCUUAUGGCGACGUUUCGGAUAGGUUACACUGUGGGUUGUCAAGUGUCUGAUUGAUCCAUAGGACAAGUGCUGUGUUUACAAGUAAGUGUCGUGUCACACAAAGAAGGGAGUAGCCAAAUGACACACACACACAGAACUGCUCACAGCUAAAGUAAUCAUAUCAUCGUAAGCUAUUGCAUAUGAUGAGUUCUUGGCUCGACAGUCACUUGGACAUUUACCAACGCGGUAGGAAAGAUUUGAGAUUCGCAGCAACUUUGACCUGUAGCCAUAGCGCAUCUGUUGGAUUGACCAAACAUGCCAAUAUCAUUACUUUUUACGGCUUCGUAAGAUGCUUUUUUCACGUUGGUUUGUAACAGUUGGCUACGUGAGGUGGCCACAUCAUUAAAGCACUCAAAUCUGACAGUCAUGAAGUGAUUCUUCUCAUAAGUCGAUGCUGGCAGGGUGAUGUGUUUGCUGAAAUGGCCAAAAAUAAAAGAACUGGCAUUGAACAUGCUGGCUGGCCUGGACAAUACCGGUGGUGGGUGCCUUCCAAGUUUCCAGCUCUAUGACACGAUAUAAGUAACCUUCUGGUGUAGACUGUGGCUGAGACAUUUUGACGAGGUUCUAAAAUUGCAAGCGCUACAAUUGCAUUCCUUUGAUAUCAUCAUUUAUACAUGGGUUCCAUUUUUGUUUUAUGCGCACGCGCACAAACUCUUUCCUGCCGGCCUCGUGCCUUGGUACAAUUUAUUACGAGGCCGGCAGAAAACAACAUGAAAACAAAGAUGAAUGGCACCUUGGAUUGAAAAUAUGUGAGAGGGGCACAAAAGCAGCCAAGGGGUAUUUUUCACUUGGUUUGUAUCGCUAGGAUUAUCAGAUGUGUCAGUAUAGGCCUACUCUGCAGCUGGAGGCUUCGGCAAAGGUGGAUAAAUGGGGCUGGGGCCGUGGAAUAGUUAAGAAAACUACCAGUAAAAUCGCGGGAUUACACAUCUACAGCAAUGUACAUGUAAAAUGGGCCAGUGAUUUCCGUGUAUCGGGAGAUAAGGGUCAGGGUGGGGUUGGGGCGCUUCGAUCACUGUAUCAAUAUGCAGGGCGAUACACUAGAAUAGUAACGAUACCAUGUAUUUUUUACCUGUUACUUUGAGGUGCUUUUGUACAAACGAACAAAUAUAUUGUUCAAUUUAUACUUUCUGUGGUUGAAAUAGCACUUUGUACAGUACAGCACUGCAUCUUGCAAAGAUGUUCGAAAAUAAAUCAUGGUGUAUGUAGCACUUUCUCGAAGUCCAAAGAUGUACGAAACAGUACAUGCUACCAUUUGAAGGCAUUUCGCAUGCAGGUAGUGGUGUCCACGUGGAAGUCUCUUGCGGAUUGUACAAGUCAUAGACUGAGAUUUCAGAAGUAAUUUCCUUGGCCAAAACGGCAUUUACUCCUUUGUUAUCUUGCCAAAUUGCAAGAACAAGCGUUCACUCGCAAGCUAACGUGAAUAGCUCUGUGAAAAUACCUUUUAUUUGAUGACCAUAAACUCUGCCAAAGUGUGGUUUUGCGUUUGAGAAGACCCAAACCAUGAACCAAUGCAUCACGACUAGUGCACUGUGGAGCGCGUUUUGCCUCAAUAUGAUUUGCAAUGCAUUGUCGUGUGUAAUGCAUUGCAUUUUAGCUACGGCGGUUCCUUCUGAAAGGAGGAGUAGAUGCAAACUGCUUGUCAUUCAAUCGAGUUCGAACUGAAAAAUUUAUAUACAAAACAACCAGUACUUAAAGGUUUAGUACAACUUUGACUUUGACUUCGUAUAACAAAAGGGUAUAGGCCUAUCAACAGGCGCACUGAUUCGAUGUUUGUACUGGGUUAAGCAAGUUUUAAGGAAAAAUGUCUUUUCUAGUCCCAUCUUUUAUAACGCCUCCGAAUAUAAUCAGGAAUACAUGUCAAACUUAUAAUUUCAUACAAAAUGUGCUGUCGUGGUGUCCACCGUCUGUUUACCUAUAUUAUUACUAGUAAGUUUUCUUCCAUUGACGUACGGUAUACAUGUAUAUGCAUCUGUAAUUAUCCAGGUUUUUAUAUAUACAAGGUUUAUCUUCAACUCAAGUUACGGCCAAGUUCUGGCAAACAGCAACCGGUGCCAGUGACUUUAGUGAAAGCACGCGCUAGAUUGAUGGUGAACAGAUAUGGCCUUUCUCCCGUGUGGAUACACUUUUACCGAGGCACCAUCUGAGAACAUACCGUGGAUCCAUGCACAAACACGUGUGUUCCGUAAGCAGGUGGCACUGCCAUGGGUACGUUUUCAAUGAAACAAAUUUACCCAAUGAAACGAAUGUUUAUACCGGUAAUGGACCAAAAUAGACACCCCGAAUAUUUUCCAAACGGAUGUCAGAGGGGUAAUGCACUGACGGUGCUUUAACCUAUCGAUUUCACCAGUCACAGAAGAUCGGGUGGAUCUAUUUUGUCACUUGAAAUCUAUUCCCCAAUCACGUCCGGUCAAUAGUUUGGGCACGUGGGAAUAUAACAUCCCAUCUCCUUCCCUGCUGUUCGGCAAUAUGUAUGUUUCGUUUCAUGUAGCCCCACUCGUCACUUUAUUCCUGGUCAAUGCACUUUAGUAUACUGUAGACAUUCAUGAAAAGACGAUGCAAAGAUAAUGUAGCAUUUUAACGUAAUCGUGCACAAUUUUAUGUUUGUUGUUGAGAAACAUUGUAAGAGUUAUCUGUUUGUUAUUGAUGAUAGAUAUUUGUAGAACAUUUACCUUGUGGUGUCAUGUAGCUUUUCUAAGUGAUGAGAACAGUUGAAAGGAAUUAAGAGCUUGACAGCAUUUAAAGAGAGACUGUAGACAGGUGUUGGUCGAUGAAGUUAAUACACGAAACAACCGGCAGGUGUAGCUGCUGUUUCACAGUAGGUACAUCGACACUGUCAGUGCACUUGCGAGGAUUUGUUUAGUCACUCAGUCAAACCAAAUCAGUUCCCUAUCACAUGUAACUGUCACGGAAAUAAGGAUUCUGCCUAUAGUCUCCCUUUAACAUAUAAACAGAAAUUAAAGGUAUUCCACGUCUCAUAUUGCCAAUUUCAACCUACGUUUCAACUAAAAUGUAUGUUUUAUUUCACCAAAAAUCUUUCAUUGGUGUCAAGUUCUUAUACACUUUCCUUUUCUUUAUUGUGCUUCUCCAGACAGUAGAAAGAUUCUGGUAGAAUUUUAGUGUGUCAUUGAUUUUAUUUCAGAGCGGCUGCCAUGAUAAUAGGCAGGUUUCGCAACCCUCGCGACGACGUACGAACUAUGAAGGUCAGUGGACAUCAAGUCCUGCGCUGAUUCAUUUACGGGACACCCCUUAUUCAUCAAUCUUACUCAUGCGUCCCCAUAGUUGUAGAAGGUAGUACUUUUCUAUUCAACAAACAGUACACAUCUCUUGCUUAUACUCCCCCUUUAAGAUACCAGCACCCAUAAAAAGCCUUAUGACUGACUAUUCGACCGUUAGUGUUUAGAGAUUUUGUCUUUGUUAAAUUGUAUGUAUUGUUGGCUAGUGAACCAUGUAUAGAAAUAUAGACUAGGAAUAUAGCCUGCGAAACCCAGCCGUCAAUAACUCCUCUAAAUGUAUCAGGAACUAUCGGCGGCUGAAACCGCAGUCUGACCAGUUACUUCAUGUUAUACCAAUUCCAAGUAAAGAACAAUUUGUAAGACAUUAUGUAAUCACCACCGAUAUGUAAAUAUUUUUGUAAUAAAAUUGA